AGUUGUUACAUCAUAUCUGUACGACCCUGUCUGUUUCCCAAAACAAAAAUUAUUUUUGUGUUGUUAGAAUAUCCUAAAAAUAUUGAAAUUCCAAUAAAUUCGCUACAUUUUGCCUUUUUAUACCUAAAAAAACUGAAAGCAAGUGUUCCCAUACGAAAGCCAGCCUAAAUGAAUCAAUAAUCACCGGCGAUGGACCACCAGCAACAUCAUUCCGCGGAAGAAGUCGAUGCCGGGGCGCACGGCUUCGCGAGACAGCGCCGGCCAAAAAGUGAUCCGCUGUGUUGUCCAAUCUGUGGCGUGACACUGCGCCCGAAUGAAAUUGACCAGCAUUUCGCGCUGGAAGUGGAGCGGUUGGAUAAGAUUCUCAAACCGAGAAGGAAUCACCACUGCACGUCGACCCCAACCGGCGGAUAUUCACUGGGAGCGACAGAUAGGGCUUCUUUGGCAGCGGUGCCGGGAACUAGUGCGAGUAGUGGAGCUGCAACAAGUAGCGGCGCGGGCUUGGCCAAUGGUACCCCUCGAUCUUUGGAGGGUAACGGUGAAUCGGGGACGGGCAGUACUCCGGAUGAAUGCUGGGGCACGUAUCAGAAGAUCAAGAACAACAGACAAGCCAGACUGAAGAUGAAAAGCAGAAAACGUAAAACGGAGGACAAUGUCUGCCCCAUCUGCAGUAAGUCGGUAUUCGAGGAAAUAACGACACACGUGGAGGCUUGUCUACGGAAGACUGAAACGAAUGGUUCCAAUAGCAAUGGGAGAAUGAAGGAUGAUUCCGACGACGACGAUGCCAGCAUAGAUGUGGAGGGUGAGUCAUACGAGGUGUACGAAUGGGCUGGACAGACAAGGGUACGUGCCACCACAAUGACACAUCAGGGUGGGGCUUUUCCCAGCACUGCGGUGCGCGUAACGAAUGCCGAAGACACGGAUGACGAAUUGAAUGUCGACGGGGACGAAACGCAGAUCUAUGGACCACCGCAGUACUCCGAACGGGACGUCGUUUAUCCUGUGGCGGAACAACGUUGUAAGGAUUCCUAUCUGCGAGGGUUGGUCAUGGCAAACGAACCAAUCACGGUAAAACGUCCGGAGGUCGACAAUCCUGGCGAAGGUCCCAGUUGGAUAAAUGCGCCUAGUACGAUUGCUGCGACUAACGAACAUCACAAUAAUGGCGACGGGGAUGAUCAGGUUGUAGCAUCACUGAAGUCAAAGAUUCGCGAAUAUGAGGGCUUUAUCAAGAACAGGCCCAAGUGUCUGAUAUGCAUGGAUGAUUUCAAGAAACCAGUGGUUUCCAUCUGCUGCUGGCACGUCUACUGCGAAGAGUGUUGGCUGCACACUCUUGGCGCAAAGAAAUUGUGCCCACAAUGCAGCAUGAUAACGUCCCCUACAGAUUUACGACGAAUUUAUCUCUAGAGAGCAGCAGCCAUACAACGAUACACUCUGCGCAGUGUAUUGGAUAAGUGAUCCCACAAUACAGGUUAGUUUUACACUUUCUACGCCACCCUUACAAAUUGCCAUCACUUAAAAAUGCCCUAACUGCGAUCGAAACAAAACUACCGACGACAAUAAUUGAUACAAAAAAAAAGCGGAAUCUCUUUUUGAAAGGAAUGCAACGAAGAUAAUACGUAGAUGGAUGGUAGGACAGUAAUACUGAACAGUUAACGUUUUAAGAAAACGAAGACGUAAUGUCCCAUCUAGAGUAACCUAUCCUAAUUUUACGAACUCGGUUGACAUUCCAUGGAGACUGUUCACCUACUUGGAGCAGCUUUUUAUUAUGUUUUCAGCACAAUUAUGAGCCAUGUCUGCAUGGCUUGAUGUACCAUUCGAACAAAUUUUAUACAUUUUAUUUAAUAAACGUUUACAUGCCACGAA